AUGAUAGAUACAGCAGUCGAUCAGUGCUUCAAUUGCCAAGUAGCAACCAAAAGCCACAAGGAAGAACCUAUCAAGCCAACCCAAAUCCCUAGCAAACCUUGGAAGACCAUCUCAACAGAUUUCGGUGGACCGUACCCAGACGGACACUACAACCUCGUGGUUAUUGAUAAGAGGAGCAGAUAUCCAGUUGUGGAAAGAGUGCCAAGCACAAGCCUGGGACCAGUCAAGGAAAGGAUGAAGAACAUCUUUGCAGCAUAUGGCACACCCAAGAGGGUAGAGAGUGACAAUGGACCACCAUUCAAUUCCGGGGACUAUGAAGAGUUCGCAAAGGAAGAAGGAUUCGAUCCCCACAGGAUAACGCCAGGACAUCCCAGAGCAAAUGGAGAAAGCGAGAAGUUCAUGCAAACACUAAACAAGACUGAACGCAUAGCAACCCUUGAAGGGAAGGACAAGUACGAACGGCAAGAAGCCAUCCACAACAUGCUAGUAACAUACAGAUCGACACUCCACCCUGCGACAGGAGUAACACCUUAUGAAGCCAUGCGAGGAGUAAGUGUUAGAACCAAGCUAGACUACACACCACCAACCACAGAGAGAACAGCCAAGGAGGAAGCGAUAGAUGCCAGAGAUGGAGAAUACAAGAAAUAA